UCUUCCUUCUUAUUCACAUUCUAUCAAUUUCUUCGCCAUUAACGAGCUUUAAAGACAUAAGCUGCAAAAAUGAGAAGCAAAGCGAACAAGCGAAGCAAGUUCAUGCUAGUAAUCUUAGCGCCCGUUAAAAUUCUUUCAAGAGCUAGAGAUUUUUACGUCAAGGGCAUGCAGGAUUGCAAUGGCAGGAUAGUUAAUUACGAUGGCACGGUAGUCUGCCCCACAGCACAAGUUGUGCACUUGUCUAAGAGUUUGAGUGUCAACUCUUCCAAGCCGAUUGAUGAUGUAGAAUUCAGGGAGCUUUUACGAGCAGCGUCAAGAAAGAACAUGCAGUUGAAUCUGUAUGGGCGUGCAGAGAGGACGAAGCAGAGUGGUGGGAUGGGGAGGAGUUACAGUGUUAGUAUGGGGAAGAUGGGGAGAAUUGAUGAGGAAGGGCCAUGUUCAUUUGAGGAAGAUGGUUCAAACUCAAAGGCAGAUGUGUUGUAUCCAAGAAGUAGAAGUUAUGCUGUUAACAGAAGGAACUUCGUUCCCCAUUAAAGUGGGAAUAACUGGUGGAUGUAUUGGGAAUGUUCCUUUUAU